ACCUUUAAGACAGUAGAAUCACUGAACUUUAUUUGUUCAUCAAAUGCAGAUGUCCCCGACUGUCGGUCUCUGCAGUCGUGCAGCAUCGAGCCAGAAGGCAAAAAUGUUCUGCUCUAAGUAAUCGGUUCCAGACUUCUGUCUUCAUCCGAUGAGAACUGUGCUUUUAUAAACUGAAAACAAAUUCCACUUCAUUCUCCAAGCUCCUACUUUUCCAAAUUGUCGUACGGUGUUGUGUUACUUUGGGAAACAGGUCACAGAGCUAUUCUGUCUUUUGUCUGGGAGUUCAAUUCACUGAUCCCCUUCUCUGAUUACCUGAGAUCUUUUCAUUAACAGUUUUUUUAUCCUAAAGGGAGAAGAACAAGACCAACUUUGAGUCUACCAGUUCACAAGAGUGCAGAUAAAGGCGUCACAUGCGGUUAAUAAAUUGUGGUCUUUGUUUGUUCUUAAUGAGCAGAUUGCUGAUAGCCAAUGGGGACAUUUUGAGAGGGUUACUGUGGGACAGACUGCCGUAGUUUUGUUUUCCACAUAUUGUGCCAGAAUGAAAUCAAAUACACAAACCUCCUCUGAAGACGUUUUACAGCCGAGGACAAAAAAAAGAAGACUUGAAUGAUGCAUAUUGGUUUAUUAUCUGAGCUUUUUGUCAUCAACGUGUGAGGUCACAGUGUUGUUCACAAAAGACUUCACUGGUUGACGUCCUUAAAGUCUCUGCUGUUACUCUUUGACGUAAAAAGCCUGAGUUUUACAACUAGAGCCCCUUUUCACCUUCUGGUGGACCUUCAGCUUUGUUUGCUUGGUUGUGUUUUUUUAAUUUUUUUAAUCACAGAUGGGAGGAUACAAAGCACUGAGCCAUUCUAGUUGUUUCUCAGGAGCAGAGGUCAGUUUAUUUCUAAAGGAUCCCCAUCAUGCAUGGGCGGUACUUUUAACCCAGGGGUGUUAUUCAUCUCCUCUAAUGUUAUUGGUCCAGACCGAGAGCCGCCUCUUAAGUUGGACCAAUGAGAGAGCAAGACAUCAAGUUCCUAAAAUAUGAGCAGGAUUGGACAAAUCAAACAAACAGGCUGCUUUGAUUACCGCAGGGAGCGGGGCGCCACUUGUGGUUUUGUUGGGGUCACGCUGUCCUUAACAUCUGGUGUCAACAGGAAGAGAUUGUGUGCGCGUGUGUCUGUGUUUUGUGCGUUGUGGUUUGUCCUCUGUCCUCACAGCUGCUCAAGAGGGAAUGAAGAAACCAUUCGCUGAGGUCAUCAAGGCCAAUAUCGGUGACGCACAUGCUAUGGGACAGCAGCCAAUUACCUUCUUCCGACAGGUCUUGGCUCUGUGCUCCUACCCUGAACUGUUGAAUGACACAACAUUCCCAGAGGAUGCUAAAAGUAGAGCACGCCGCAUUCUGCAAUCGUGUGGAGGGAACAGUAUGGGCUCCUACACUGCCAGUCAGGGCAUCGACUCUGUGCGUCAGGAUGUGGCACGCUACAUCGAGCGAAGGGACGGCGGCGUGCCCUGCGACCCGGACGACAUUUACCUCACCACAGGGGCCAGCGACGGCAUAGUGACCAUGCUGAAGCUGCUGAUGUGCGGUGAAGGGGCGGACUGCACAGGCGUCAUGAUCUCCAUACCUCAGUAUCCCCUGUAUUCUGCUGCCUUGGCCGAACUCGGCGCCGUGCAGAUCAACUACUACCUUAACGAGGAAAACUGCUGGAGCAUGGACAUCAGCGAGCUGCAUCGCGCCCUGGACGAGGCUCGGGAGUACUGCAACCCGAGAGCCCUGUGCGUCAUCAACCCUGGAAACCCCACCGGUCAGGUUCAGAGCAGGCAGUGCAUCGAGGACGUAAUCCGAUUUGCAGCAAAGGAACGUCUUCUCCUCAUGGCCGACGAGGUGUACCAGGAUAAUGUGUACGCUGAUGGCUGCCAGUUCCACUCUUUUAAGAAAGUUCUGUUUGAGAUGGGACCAGAGUACUCGGAUACAGUGGAACUGGUAUCCUUCCACUCCACGUCAAAGUGCUACAUGGGAGAGUGUGGCUUCCGCGGAGGCUACAUGGAGAUCAUCAACAUGGACGAAGAGGUGAAGGCCCAGCUGUCGAAGCUGGUGUCGGUCCGUCUGUGUCCUCCUGUUCCCGGUCAGGCUCUAAUGGACCUGGUGGUCAACCCGCCGCAGCCCGGGGAGCCGUCAUACGCCAAAUUCAUCAAGGAGCGCACAGCCACUUUAAGUGCCUUAGCAGAGAAGGCCACCCUCACAGAGCAGGUUCUCAACACUGUGAAAGGCAUCAGCUGCAAUCCUGUGCAGGGUGCGAUGUACUCCUUCCCCAGCAUAACCAUCCCUGAGAAAGCCAUUAAAGAGGCCAUGGACAUCGGUCAGCAGCCAGAUAUGUUCUAUUGCAUGAGGCUGCUGGAGGAGACUGGGAUCUGCCUGGUGCCUGGAAGCGGCUUUGGCCAGAAGGACGGAACAUACCACUUCAGAAUGACCAUCUUGCCACCGAAAGACAAGCUGCAGAUCCUGCUGAACAAAGUCAAGGAGUUUCACGAGAAAUUCACCGAUGAGUAUUCUUAAAUCCCUGCAGAUUUUUCUUUUUUUCCACAAAGGGAAGGAGGUUACCGACCACGACAAAGAACUCAGCCAAUCACAAUUUAUCUGUCACUGAUAAGUGCCUUCUCUGCAGCGGCUCUGGUAGUCUCUGUGAUGACGCACUUCGGCCUCUACAGCUCUUUCAUUUGGAUGUUUUUACACAAGGCACUGUUUUCUGACAGGAAACCAGAGAUGAAGGGAUGGAUUCAGAGACGUGUGUCAAAUUAGUGCGAAAAAACUGCUUCAUCUAGUGUCGUCCCAGCUGAGAAAGACUUAUUUACUGUAGACCUGUGUAUUUGUGAGUACCAGCGAUAGAUUGUCCGUCGAUGCCAAGCUUAGAAGUGAAGAAGGUACAAUUGAAGAAAAUGUGAUGCUGCUUUAAAUCUUGAGUACAUGUACAACUGGAUAAAAUAUUGCAUUCCUGCAGGCUGUACUUGUCAGGGACAAUAUAAAGAAAAGUCUCAUUGCAUGAUUAUUCAAAAAUGAUUUUGUAGAAUCAAAAUAAAUGUAACAGUCAA